AUGUCUGCGACAUUAAACGAUACGAACGGGGAGGACCCGAACCCGCGCACGGCGACGAAAAUGCCCGCGCAAAUCAAAAGUAAAUUUGGUUUUUCCCGGAGCAACAAAACUAUUCCCCAACCGAAAUCGAAUAUCGUCGGUGGAGGAGGACAACAACAACAACAACAACAAAGGCAGCACUUUCAAGACAUAUCGAAUAACAGCGGCGAUAGUAACGGUGAGCAUUUGAACAAUUCGUCGAGAGGGUCGAUGAUGAAACAUACGACGAAUGGGUUGCCGAGAGAUCCGAGGAUUCGACGCCAGGACGGGUCCAUAUCGGGUGGGAUUUUGUACGAAACUGGAGGACGAAAAGUGAACACCUCGAAUACGAAUACGACUCGCGGGGGUCACAAUAUUCGAGCACCGUCGGGGCCAGAAGACGAGGACGAGCCGUUUGAAUUCGCACACACGUUAGACGAGGAAGAGAUGCGGCAGAGAACGCCGGUUGGGGCAACGUAUCGCAACACGCAUCCGAUGUUCGCGAACGGGUUCGGGAACCAACGCGAACAACCGUACGCGCCGAGCAGCCGCGACGGGUCGAAUAGCACGAUGGCGACGUCGUCGUUUGUAGUACCGGAAGUGCUCUAUUGGAAGGAUCCGGCGAGGACAACGUUGCACUUUUUCGGUGGGUUUGUCCUCAUGGGCACGUUUUAUGCGUUGUCCGCGGCGAAGGCGUCGGUGUUUUCGCACUUGGCGUACGCGAUGUCCUUAGUGGUGAUGGGGAAGUACGUCUUUGCCAUUGCGUUCCCGAAUGCGGCUAAAGGGAUAACGAUGAACCCAGAAAAGAUGGCAAUCAGAGCGAGGAAUAUGUGUUAUAAAUUCAACGCCUUCACGGAGAGGCACGAACGGUUUUUCGCGGGUAGAGAUAACAAGGCGACGUUGGGCGCGUUUCUCGCGUUGCAAAUGGUGAAAUGUGUCGGCGGAGCGUUGUCCACGAGACAACUGUUGUUUUUGGCGUACAUAGGAGCGUUCACGAUGCCGUGCGCUUGGGAGAAACAAAAAGUAUUCGUGUACGAGAUGUAUUGUAAAGUACAAAUGGCGAUGCAGGAGAAGUGGGCGGAGUUUUCGCCGAGAACGAAAGUGACGAGCGGGGUGUGCGGAUCGGUGAUGGUGUUCAAAUUGGCGAGCGCGCAGACGAGAGUGAAUGCGGUAUUUUUAGCGCUCGUGUGUUAUAGGAUUAUUAAGGAGCAACAGAGUUUGCGAUUGCACGUGCAGCGGAUGGAAGAUGUAGUCGUAGGAAGCGUGCGGAGGAUGAGCCGCUCGUUCGUGGACAUGGUAUCGCCAGUGCCGAAGCGAUUCGGCGCGCGCAGUUAA